AUGGCUUCUCAGUACGGCGGAAGUUUACCACACAUUCCUUUACUAGACCGCCUCGAGGAUCAGACCAAGGAAAAAUAUCAGGUUAAUCCUUCUAAACAAAGAAGAGGAUCAUUUAAGCAUAGAUAUUACGUCGCAGGGCUGGCAUUGGGCCAACUGACGAUCCUAGCGUUUGGUUGGGGAUUCUUAGGCGCUAAGAUAUACUGGAAGGAAAUCCCAAUGACUGACGGCCUCGCACGGCUUGCCUUUUCGCAGCCAGAAGGUACAACCUUCGUCGCUGGUAUCGUGGCAUCAUGCAUAGCGAAACUUUCCGUCUGGCUUUACUCUCGCGCCGUUCGCCGUGCUAUCACCAGUACGCUUGUGAAAGGUCCAAUGUCGCUACAGUUCUUUGGGUUCUCGGUCAAAGUGCUAGGAGGCGCCCUCUUCCUCAACAAGAAGCAUCCGGCAUGGACAUGGGCCUCAAUACCAGUAUGGGCGGUAAUAUGUACAUUGACUGCAUCUCCAACAACGGUUUCACAAUCCGGCUCCGUCAGGGGCACUGAGCUUGAUCUGGGAAGCUCGGCUCUCGCCCAUCUCGUGGAGAAAACCUCUAAGCCUUUCAUGACUAAUGCUAGCAACAUUGUAACUGCGCUAAAUCCACAGUCGUAUGAUCUCAUGGAUAUCGCGGGUUUUCUCGCUGGACAGUCUUCAGGGGGGGCAAGGGUUGGGUUACCAAGUACCUUCAAUUUCAAUGGUGCAUCGUACAAUAUCUCUACAGCAUUCUCUGGGGGGUACGUCAAGCCCGAUACAGUUAUCGACACACAUUUGUCAGGACUGUCCCAGAACUAUUCUGUAUUUCAGCAAGGCCUCACUGCGGAAGUCUCAUGCACCCAGCAGAACUUAACCUUCCCAGCCCCAAACUCCCUUACCUAUAAACAUAGCACCACAUCGGCCGCUCAAAGUUCCGCGAUAUACACUUUGUGGACGGGUGUAUCUGGUCCGAGCAAUAAUAGCUUCACAAUUGCAAUCGACGGCAGCAGUCACAAUGGCGCACCGAGCUCGAGAUACGAUUUCAUCAAACCCACAAUCUGCGAAGUCACGCCCUGGAUCACGGAUGUCGCUGUCGGUUACAACAACUUUAUUAUCAGUCCCGGAAGUCCUCAGAAGACCCAGCUCUUAGGGGAGCGCAGUCCAAGUUCCAUGGCCUUCAUAACGAGCUUGGUCCAAUGGAUUGGCGGACGGGCGCAAGCAGACAUCGGAAAUACGAUGGCAGAUUCCGUGUCCGUCAUUAUGGCAUCGCAGAACCAGACUUCUACAUUAGUGAACACGAUUUUGGAAGAUUACUGGCGAGGGGUAGUCGAGUAUGCGGGCACAUACCUUCGACUCGGGUAUUCCGCUGGAGAUCCGAACGAAAUGGAAUCCCAGACCCCAAGCAAUAUGUCAAGAGCUUUUAAUGGGACGGUGUAUACUACUACCAUGGGAUGGUCAUACCAGUCAGCCACAGCGCUUUUCACGCUCAUUCCGCAGACAGUCAUAUCCCUACUUACAAUCGCCAUUCUGAUGCUACCUUGUCGUAAAACCCUUCCGCUUGGUGUUGAAGAGGACUUUGAUGUCGCGGAAGUAAGCGAUGUCGUGCUUGCCAUGACUUCGGAUGGUACCGAAAUCCAUGGAUCCCCUCCGAAAGACGGUACUGUAUCAAGGAAAGACAAGGAAAAUAUAAGGCUAGAAGUUUUGCAGGACAAUAGGAAGAGGAUGAUAGUCGAAACCAUAUGCUGGGCUGUUGUCCAUCUGCUCCUGUCGACGAUGGUAUUCAAACGAGAGCUUGGCACAGUACCACCCCUCUCGACUUUAGCUGAUGCAUACAUUGUAUGCUCGUCUGUUGCCCUUAGCAUAUUCGCCCCUGUCCGACGCCUGGCUAUAAAACGGACGGUUGUCGCCACACCAGGUUGGCUACUAUUCCAGUAG